AUGUCUACCAACAAGAACAAGGUCCAGUCGGACACCAAAGAGGACGAACGACGCAAGUUAAUCGAGAAUCUUGAUACGAAGAUCAAGAACCUGCAUAACAUAAGCGAUGAUGUCGAAUAUGGCCUUCUAAAACUUCAGUCGGAGCUUUAUAAUAUCAGCCAGAAACGGACCAAGAACCUAAAGGCUCGGAUAAAGAAGAUGAUCGAAGAGGGAAACGUCGAGUCCCUGGCUAAUGGUCAUGAUUGCCAUCUCACAAAUUCCCAAUCGAACCUGAACCAAGGCCAUGGCCAUGGUCAAGGCCAGGGAGCUUCCACCUGGCCUGCCGUACCUGAGGACUUUUAUGACGAUGAGUGUUUCUCUGUUUCUUCGAGGAUAAUGCAGGACGAUAUGAACGACAAGGUUGGCGGUUGGGAAAUGGUGGAACUGUUAUAA